UGUCUCAGCCAUAGCUAAAGAAGGAGCGCAUUAUCGCAAUAGCUAGCAAUUUCAUUUCCUUCUUUUGUUGGGUUCUAGUCCUCCAAAUCCAAUGGAGUACUCUUGGUUCAUGAUCCUCUUAUCUCUUUGUCUCUGUGCAGCAGCCACCAAUGUUUUCCUCAUCCUCUUCUCUCAGAGCAAAUCCAAGAAAACCAAACUCUCUUUACCACCAGGCCCUCCUUCACUGCCCAUAGUAGGCAGCAUCUUCUUGCUCAAAAGAUUGUUAACCGAUUUCGAAUCACUCAUCCGUGACCUCUCCUACAAAUACGGACCAAUCAUAUCCAUCCGCAUUGGCUCUAGCCUCUCAGUAUUCAUUUCCAGCCAUUCACUAGCCCAUCAAGCUCUAAUCCAGAAUGGUGCCGCCUUUAGCUACCGCCCAGGAUCUGUCACACCCAGCUGCAUCUUUCGAAACACCAAUUCAGAUACUGGUUCCUCCUCUGGCGCUCGUUGGAGGUUCCUCCGUCGUAACCUCACUUCCGCACUUCUUAGCCCUUCUCGGUAUAAGUGUUUUGGUCGCGCCCGCAUAAGCUUCUUGGAAACAGUUGAUUCGUUGCUCAAAUACCAUGUUGAGUCAGGCGACCCUGUGCCUGUGGUAGAACCCUUCCGAUAUGCCAUGUUUUCUUUGUUGCUUUUCAUGUGCUUUGGUGAGAAACUUGAUGAGAAAGCCAUCAAAGACAUUGUAGAAAUAGAAGGGAAUGUCGUAGCCAAUUACAAAAGACUUUCUAUUUUCCAUUCCUUCCCCACCUUUGGGAAAUUCAUCUUCAGAAAACAUUUGAUUGAUAUUCGCCGCAAACAAAUAUCUGCUCUACUUCCUUUGAUCCAGUCCCGUCGAGAACGAAAGGAGAAGAUCAAACAAGAAAACCAAGAUGAGAAUAUUUUCGCCUACAUCGAUUCACUCUUUGAUCUCAAAUUCAAAGAUGAAGGAGGAAGGGAUAUAAAUGAUGAAGAAAUAGUGAUUCUCAUCUGUGAGGUUAUGGAUGCAGGGAGUGACACAGUAUCAACUGUGUUUGAAUGGGUCAUGGCCCACCUUGUGAAGGACCAAACUAUCCAAGAAAAGCUUUUUUCUGAGAUCCAACAGGUUGUGAAUUCAGAAGAAGAGAUCAAAGAAGAGGAUUUGCAGAAGAUGCCAUAUCUGAAGGCAGUGGUAUUAGAAACGCUGAGGUUAAACCCACCUAGCCACUUUGUGCUGCCACGUAUUGUGGAGGAAGAUGUUGUGUUGAAUGGCUAUCUCAUCCCCAAGAAAACUAUUGUGAAUUUUACGGUGGCAGGGAUGGGGAGAGACCCACAAGUUUGGAAAGAUCCCAUGGAGUUUAAGCCAGAGAGGUUCUUGGGUGAAGAAGGGGAAGUAGUUGAUAUAACAGGGACUAGGGAGAUUAAGAUGAUGCCAUUUAGUGCAGGAAGGAGGAUUUGCCCUGGACUAGGGUUAGGGACAUUGCAUUUGGAGUAUUUUCUGGCAAAUUUGAUCAGAAAUUACAAAUGGGUGGCUGUGGAUGGACAAGAUGUUGACAUGUCAGAGAAGCAGGAGUUCACAUGGGUGAUGAAAACCCCGUUGCGGGCCCACGUGUCCCAAAGGGCAAAGUAAUAGGAGAUGAAAUUAAUCUUAAUUAAUAGUCACUAAGAAUAAGUGGGAAUCACAUCUUUUACCAUGUUGCUUUAGUUGGACCGAAAUAAGAUAUUAUCGUUAGUGUACUAGUCAUAUGUUAAUUCUAUUAGUUCUGUUUUUGUGUUUCGUCCCUUGAUUGGGCUGCUAGGAUUGUAGUUGAUGAUAUUGUUACUCUUUGUAAUUCUCAGAUUGGGUGGCUUUGCCCACCUCCUUUCUUUGUAAACAAAUCUCCUAGAUGGGGUUUAUCUUGUUCUAGUGUUGUUGAAUAAAAAUAUUUGGAUGCUGUUUUUAAAUAAAGAAAAAGAAAAAUAAAAA